GUGCGCGCAACGACCAGGAGGAUGGUGACGAUCCGGACGGCGACGAUGGCAGACCUGCUGAACAUCCAGCACUGCAACUUGCUCUGCUUGCCGGAGAACUAUAUGAUGAAGUACUUUCUCUAUCACAACCUCACUUGGCCCCAGCUGUCCUUCUUGGCGGAGGACGACAAUGGCCAGGUCGUGGGCUAUGUCCUGGCCAAGAUGGAUGAAGAUAACACGGAUGAUCCUCAUGGCCACAUCACCUCGCUGGCCGUUAAGCGCUCCUAUCGCCGUCUUGGCAUUGCCCGCAAGCUCAUGGAGCAGGCGGCUGCCGCCAUGGUGACCUGCUUCCAUGCUCGUUACUGCUCCUUGCAUGUUCGCCGCAGCAACCGAGCCGCAUUCAACCUGUACAACAAGACGCUCGGAUUCGAUAUCGCACAAUUGGAACCCAAGUACUAUGCCGAUGGGGAAGACGCCUAUGAAAUGCGCCGACCCCUCGUCAAAUCGCUCGAGCUCUGCAAGUCGUCCGAGGAGCGUCACGGCUGCAAGGGGGGCUUGGCGGCCUUGGAAGCCAGCUUCCAGGAGGAAAAGAAAGCCGAGAAGAAGUGAGCGCCCCUUAAGCUCACUCUGCCUCUGCCGCUCUCGAACCAAAUCUUUUGGGCUGUGACCCAAGGUCACACACAACGCCCUGCACUUCCAAUUCCAGAUGACCCUCCGUCAGCGCACAAGCGCCUCGUGUCUUGUCCUGCUCCAAUCCCUGAAGAAAUCUUUAACCUUUUCAAAAAUUGAAGGCAAAGCCGC